GGUGGUAACUUAUCGUGGAUUGCAUGCGCUUUGUAUUUAUCAAUGUGGCAGUUGACACCAAUUGGUCAUGAGCUACGAUUCCAGUAUCCAAUCUCGAAACUCACUCGAAUAUGCAAAAUCAGUGUAUUGGAAUUUUUUGAUAAGCUGAGUCGUUGGGUUGCAAUGGCUGGUGCAGCCAGACGUAUGCAAGAGCAGGUCAGCCGGAUUCAGUCUUCGUUGGCCGUCUCAACAGUUGUCUACAAGAAACUUUUGCCGAUCUUCCGAAAAGUUUUCGCCUCACCACAACAAUCAUCCAAUUCACCGUCGACAUCCUCACCGUCGAGCAAAGAACACAGCGAACAAAUAAAAUCCGAGCAAAGCUCCAAACAAAUCAAUUGCAAAAAGAUUUUCGAACUUCUUUGGACACUAUUCAUUGCCAUGAAAAGUUUUGCUUCCGUUUCAGAACAACUCAUAACAGACGACCUAAUGAACAGUUUUCAUUUGCUGCUGUGUUCAGUUGACUUCAUAUUUCAAGAUCUUCGUAAUUCGUCGUCUUUCCAGCAUUUGCUUAAUCAAGAUUUCGUUAAUUUGAUCCCACCCGACGAGCCAUCUGCAUUAGAAACAUUGUGUCGAAUUUUCAAAGAUGUCGUUUUGGACGCAAAACAUUUUCGAGCACAUUGGUGGUUACCGAAACUGCACUCGUUGAUAAACGAGCAAAAAGUGACGGCAAACGCCGAGUCGAUGAAUGAAUUCGUUGAGAAUGUUGAUCAGAACAUAGAAAGUUUGAACGAGAUGUACGAGAAAGCAAUGAUAAGGAAAGGCGAAAUGGAUGAGCGUAUGUUCAUACCACCGGAUGUGAGCACAGUGUUUGACGAUGCUUUCGAUGGUGAGUUAGUUUAUGGAGAUAUAUUUCUCGAUUUGCUCUUGAAGUAUUUGAGAUCAUUGGUUUUUGAAAUGAUUUUGGCAUGUUCUUGA